AUGUUUGACCUUCUCCACGCCUUUCCUUGGAUCGGCCUUUUGGUUCUCUUGUACGCGACUUGGAGGGUCAUCUUCAAUCGACAUCUCCAUCCUUUUAGUAGCUACCCAGAGCCAUUCUUCGCCUCUGCCACGAGAAUACCGUAUUCAGUCGCCUUUAUACAAGGCAAUCUGCACAUCUUUACUUCUCCAGACGAGUUGAGCUACUCGAAUGAGGAGGCAUGGAAGGAGGUCCACGGCCACUCGAGCAACCUUUCCAAGGACAUGCAAUUCUACAACACCCCCAACAAAAAGGCCCCCAAGUGUGGUGAUCGCUCCGGAUGGGAUUCACGGCCGCCAGAAAUCGGCCGUGAGAGACCAUGA